ACUGUGUGAUCGGUUUGAAGUGUAUCCGCAGUAUGUUUAAAGACCCAUGUCAAGGUUUCUGAUAAUGACAAAAGCAUUGAACUAAGUGCUCUUCAAAACCUACCCAAAGGGACCAAAAGAUGGGUUUAAUAUGGGAAAUGUAUCAUUAAAUAUACAGGCUGAUUAGAAAGUAGAAACAGGACGCCUAUCACCCCAACAUGACCAUGUUUAGCACUGGUGUCCUGGUCCUCACAUCUCCACUGAACACUCUGCCUCUGCGGAUCGCACCUGUCUUGACGUCCGCUGCCCAAAUAGUAGAGCGUACGCUGUACGUUCACUUACACCCGGGGCUGAACCUCUCCAGUGCAGCCCAGACCAGGCCUGUCUACAUCCCGGCAACGCGUGACGUCACCAGCCUCAUAACAAGACUCUACUCCAAAGCCGCGGACGUGUGCAGCCACUUGGACAUCAGGGUUCUCCUAACCAACAUAAGAGCCCAUAGCCUGUCUCACAACCCCUUUCCCUCCGCUCAGACCCUGUCCCAAACCCCAGAGGUGGUCCUGACGGACUACGGCGUGUCGGAUUCAAGCCAGAUGAACCUAGCAAAGCAGUGCCUGGGAAAGUAUGCUGCCGGCUGUUACGUUUGCAAGCCCAACCUGGCGACGGUGCUGCUGGCUCCGGGGUUAGAACCUGCGGCAGAGGGGGGGAGCUCCGACAGCUCCCCAGCCCUGAAGACAUACAGCGACGUGGUGGUCGGAGGAACCUUUGACAGGCUGCACGGCGCUCAUCAGAUUCUCCUCGGUGUCUCUUGUCUGCUGGCAGAUGAGCGCUUCCUGAUCGGCGUUUCGGAUCAUGAUUUAUUGAAAAAUAAGAUGCUGAAGGAGUUGAUCCAGCCCUACUCUGUGCGGGUGAAGAAGCUCCGGGAGCUACUGCAGGACAUCAAGCCGUCUCUCCGCUACGAGAUCGUGCCCCUUUCGGACCCCUACGGCCCCUCCAUCACAGACCCCCACCUCCAAUGCAUUGUGGUCAGCGAGGAAACGCGGAAAGGAGGGGACGCCGUGAACAAGAAGAGGCUGGAAAAUGGUCUCCCAGAACUAUUCCUGCACGAGAUCCAGUUGAUUAAAGACGCCCACCACACCGAUAUUGAAGAGGAGAAGAUCAGCUCUUCCAGCCUAAGGUUCCGUCUGCUUGGGUCACUGCUGCAACCGCCACAGGAAAACCUAAAUAUCCCGGCGCUCCCCUACGUGAUCGGUCUGACAGGAGGCAGUGGGAGUGGCAAGUCUUCUGUUGCCAAGCGUCUGGAGGGACUGGGAGCGGCGUGCAUAGACAGUGACAGACUGGGGCACGAGACCUAUAAGCAGGGUGGUCCUGCCUAUCACAAAGUGGUCCAGGAGUUUGGAGCGGACAUUUUGAAUGAAGAUGGGACAAUCAACAGAAAGCUACUUGGCAGAAAAGUAUUUGAAAAUAAGGAGAAGCUGAAAUGCCUUACCGAUAUCGUAUGGCCGGAAAUAGUCAACCUCACCAAAAAACAGAUAAGCGAGGCAGCAGCUGACGGCAAGACGGUGUGUGUGGUGGAUGCAGCAGUCCUUCUGGAGGCAGGCUGGACAGACAUGGUUCAUGAAGUCUGGGUGACCAUUAUUCCUGAGACAGAGGCAGUGACUCGUAUAAUGAACAGAGAUGGUGUGGCCGAGGAGGAUGCAAAGAAAAGACUGGCUAACCAAUGGACCAACUCCCAGCGAGUGGAGCACGCUAAUGUGGUCCUGUGUACCCUGUGGGAGCCUGAAAUAACACAGAGACAGGUUCAGAAAGCCUGGGAUCUUCUUCAAGAGAGAAUAAGCAAAAGAAGAAAUCAUUAACCUUGAUUGGUCAGCUUUAGUAAAAGUUCAGAAAUUAUACAAACUUUUUUUUUAUCAGUAUAGUAAAUAAAAAUGAUUCAGGUACAGUAAUUAUGAAUGAUUGUAUAUGUUGGUUCCUCGUAUGUAGUGCCACUAAUGGAAAAUAUGACUGGUAAUUUUCAGAAUAUACACAAUAUGUACCCCGCAGAUCAACGUCAUGCCAAUCUAGCCAGACAACAUGUAAAUCAAAUUAAAAUGUGCAUUACAUUAGCUAGUGUGCCUUUGUUGUAAAAGCAACAGUUUAAAAAAAUAAAAUACUUUUAAAAGCU